ACUCAAAAAUAGCCAGUAGGUGUCGCACAAAGUUCAGGUGUAAGGAUGACAAUAGGCGAACGCGAGAGCUUAAGUCAUAUAACGCUUUAUGAGUAUUAUCCGCAUAUUUUUUCAUCAAUCCAUUUUUUUUUCUUUUCAUCUUAUCGUCGCUGUUUGAUCAGCUUAAUUCUAAGUGUUGUCUUUACCGGACUCCAAAAACGACCAGCAUACGUUCUCUGCGGACAUUCAGUAAACGUUGGAUGGAAGUUUUCUGAACCUUCAGUACAUGAUCGGAUGGAUAUUAAAAUAUGAUCAAAAACUGGGUUGGUGCGCCUCAGCAGGAUAUCGGACGUACCAUCAAUUUGUGGGGGAGAAUCACUGAAGCCAUUAAAUAAGAGGACCGGGGCACAGAUUUGCCAUCGGCCGCGCUGCCUGACCUCUUAACAACAACAACAACAAAAAAAAAGCAGUAAAAUCUGCGGCGAACCGCUGCCAGAUCGACCGCUCCAUUUGCGCAACUGCACAUCCCCCCAAAUCAAAGACAAAAGGCUGCAGCAGAAACGAAAAGCUACCGGAGCUGCCGCAGAGAAAGGUGGAGGAGAGUGCAGCGGACCCAGAGGUGAGGACAUGCCGCAAGAGGAAUGCGUCUUCACGUGAAGCAACGAUAGGAGUGGGGGGGAGGAAAGCAGCGAGAAGACAGGGAUAUUUCUUUUGUUGUUGCUUGCAACACUAGCAGCAGGAGAGAAGGUGAUGAUGAUGGUGAUCACGGUCGGAAAGGGAUGUUGCAAGCCCAGGUUAGGAAAGCGCGGAAACAGGACGGGGAUCUUUCCGUCGCUGUGCGGGAUCCUGGCGUGCGCCGCGGUGCUCGCGCUGCUCUUCCUGGACAUCAUUGAGACGUGGGUCACCUCGAUGGGCAUGAGCAGGGCGGUGGAGCCGCAUGUCGCCAUCGUCUCGCCCCAGAGCCUACCCCCCUCCAAACCAGAGGAGUUCCUGCUCAUGCCCAGCCCGCUGGUGUGUCAGCGCGCCAAGCCGUACCUCAUUGCCAUAGUGACCUCAGCACCUGCCAAUCAGCGGGCUCGUCAGGCCAUCAGAGACACCUGGGGCGGACAGGUGGAGGUGCGGGGCCUGCGGGUCAUGACCCUCUUCAUGGUGGGCGUGGCCUCUGACCCCGGCCUGGGAAAGCUGCUGAUACAAGAAGCCAGGGAGAAAGGGGACCUGAUCCAGGGCCGGUUCUUGGACUCCUACUCCAACCUUACCCUGAAGACCCUGGCCAUGCUGGGCUGGGCCCGCAGGUUCUGCCCUCAGGCUCACUUCUUGGCCAAAGUGGACGAUGACGUCUUCUUCAAUCCCAGCGUUCUUCUGCACUUCCUAAACAAAAGCCGGAACCCUUAUGAGCAAGGGGACUUGUACCUGGGUAGAGUCCAUCUCCACGUGGCCCCAAACCGAGACCCAGACAGCAAGCACUACCUCCCCUCAGGGGCCUACCCUUUGUCUGUGUUCCCCGACUAUUGCAGCGGCACAGCCUACGUCUUUUCUCGCUCUGCAUUGCUCAAAGUUGCCCUUGCAGCAUCGGCAUCGCCUCUGUCCACUCCUUUGCCCCCCGAGGAUGUGUUCGUCGGCCUCUGCGCCUAUGCUGCUGGAGUGCGGCCCUCACAUUGCUCUCUCUUCUCUGGGGGUCCACCUGUGCCAUACGGACGCUGCUGCUAUCAAGCUAUGGUGUCCGUCCACCAAAUCACACCCAAGGAGAUGCUGGACUACUGGAAAGAUGUCCAUUCACCCCCCACCUGCUCCUGGCUGAGUCAGCGAGCUUCUCUGGGGAUGUGCAAAGUCAGGGCGAUGCUGGGCUCAGCCCUGGGCCUGGAGAAAUGACUGUGACUGCCAUUAGGAGGUUAUAGGACUCACUGGCACUCUGCCUUGCACAACUGUUCUACAAGCUGUGAAUCUACCUGCACUGAUAGCAUUUAGGUUAAUUGUCAUCAUUAGAGCUUUAUUUUUAUAAGAACGUCAAUUUUUGUUUUCUUUUCCCCCUCAGAAAACAGGAUAAUUUCAGGUUUUCUAAGUCUUUGUCUCACACCAUCUAGCUUUGACAACAUGCAGCUGAGAAACAAAUAUAAGCAUGCUGCUUAUAUUGUACAACUGCUCACAAUGAAUGCACAUAGGAGAAAUGCUUUCAGACGCCGCCGUCUGAGUCCGAUAUCGAAACAUCAAGACAAGCAGUCUGUUACAAGCUGCUUUAAUUUAGAACUUAGUCUAAAAGCCUAGAUGCAUGUAUUGCAAAAAAUAAUACCAUUAGAUUCAGUUCCAUCAAACAACACAAAUGAAGCUCCCUAAAAAAAUACUCCAAAAUAGAACUUUAAUUUUUAACAUUUAUUGUAUGUAUGACAUUUAAAUGGUGGCACUUAGCAGACUGCUAAAAAAGUGAGGUUUAAAUGAUCAGUUCCAGUGACUAAAAGUGAUUCAUCUGAUAGGUGUCUCACAAAUGAAGAGCGGCACUAUACUGUUAACGGUGAAAUAAUUUCACUAAGGAUGCGCUACAAUUUUGGUGUGCCUUGUUAAUAAAAAUAAAUGUUUAUUAUGAACUGUAGGAUGUAUGCAUUUCCUGAGUGUUUUUCUUUCUUCUUUUUCUCACUCAGGAAAUGUAUGAAUCAAAUUCUGGCGCCAAUAAACAAUCACGUGUGAGAUGAAA